UGUGCUGUUCUUUCACUCUCAUCAGAUAUGCAAUGUCUCACCAUCACAUGAAGCUCACAAUUGAGCUGCUCACUUCAACUAGGGAAACAGCCACAUUGGAUUUUUUUUUUCCUUCAGUAGGUGAUAAAUGUAGUCAUCUAAAAUCUUAUUUGGAGUUUUUUUUUCUUUAAGAAGAAGUGUUUAACGUUUGGGAAGUUCAGAACUUUGGAUCCCCCAUCACAACUGUAUGCAGUGGCUUUAGCAGUUCAGGAGAAAUGUCAUCUCAGCUUUCUCGCAACAAGGAUCAGCCUCACAUUAGAAAGUCACUUGCUGACUCUUCUCCGACUUCAUCUGCUGCCGCCACCAAGAGCCUGAGGCAUGAGAGACUGUCUCGAUUGAGCUCAUCUGGACCGUCCGACGCUUCCAACAACACAGCAACAAACCACGCUGAAUCCUACUUCUUACGGAGGGAGAACAGACUAUCUGCGAGGAAAAAGGCAGAAGAAGAGACAGCAAACAAUGACUAUAAAAAGAUGUAUGAAAAGGCACUGGCUACUAAUCAAAGGCUCAAGUCCAGGCUGGAGACAAGUAAACAGGAACUCGUCAUGAUUCAGGACCAGCUGCAGAGAGCUCAGAGGGGAAGACCGGGGGACUGUGGCUCCAACAUGCUCGAGACAGAAAAAAAGGCAAGUUGGAGUCUAAAAAAGAAGAUAACAGAUAUGGAAGAACAGUUGAAGGUCAAAGCAGAGCUUAAGAUGGAGAACCAGAGACUGAAGGAUGAAAAUGGAGCUUUAAUCCGUGUCAUCACUAAACUGUCCAAGUGAGAAAAGGUCAGAGGAAGGAGAGAAGAAGAGGAAAGAAUACCAGAAGCCAUUUUUAUAUCUAUACCAUGUGUGCUUUGUCUUACAUUUAUCUGAUCCUCAAAAAGAAUGUAUGUACAUGGUUUUCAGUCAUUUUGGAGACUUGGUUGAUGACUGAGGUGUGUUUAAGAAGCAGGCUGCUUUCCCAUUGUCUGUUGAGUGACUGACAUCUGCAGGCCUAAGGACACAUUUCACAUUUGUUGUCAAAGUUCCCCUAAAUGUAUUGUAUUUAAAGAAGUAAAACAUUCCCAGACAGAAAAUACAAUAAAUUAAAUUUUAUACU